AUGCGGAGCGCAAACGCGUGCAAGGAGGCCAUCAACGGCCCCUGGCCGACCAUCAUGUCCCACAAGGCGUGCAGCAAGGAGGGCGCGCAACCCCCGGGCGCCAUCGCCAGCGACACCGGCACGGAGGGCAUGGCCGGCCUGAAGAGUGACACGCCGCCCAACGAGCCGCGCCCCUCCUACCUGGCUGUUGCCAACGGCACGGCCCCCAAGACCGUGGCCACCAACCCCAAGACCGUCCUCGGCAAGGCCAAGCCCAACGGGGACAACCCCACGGCGCAACCGCCUGCGGCCACGAUGAUGUCUCUUGGGACUGGCAACAUGCGCCCGGGUGGCAACAAGGCCGCGGCGGGCGGCACCAAGGCGCUGCCGUCCUGCACCGGCGACGCCCUUGGCAGCAUCGACGAGGACAAGAACAGCACGGAUGCCAAGGCGGCCGACGGCGAGCCCGAGGGCGGAGCCAAGGGCAAGGAGGGCGCAACGACCAAGGCGGCCGGGUCCUGCAAGGCGGGGCCAGGCAAGAAGACUGUGGAGAAGGCCGGGACGAAGGGCGGGGAGAAGCCUGUGGGGACGGGCAAGGGCGCCAAGGACGACGGGGAGGGGCCGGCCAAGAAGGAUAGCGGCGCCAAGAGCAAGACCGACAAGAAGAGGGAGGCGAAGAGGCCCGCCAACAAGACCACCUCGCGCGCCGCCAACGGUGCGGGCUCUGCCGCCAAGAGCAAGGACACGGCACCCGCCAGCAAGAACGCCGCAGGGGAGGCGCCCGCCAACAGCACCUGCGCCGCCCAGGACGAGCCCGCUGCGCCCGCAUUCAGCCUCAAGCCCGGCAGUGCGGGCGCGUGCCGCUUUGCCGGCGCCAGGAGGGUCGCGGCCGGCAAGCCCCGCCCCGACAAGGGCGCCGCUGACAGGUGCGAGCACAAGGCGGGCCGUGGCAAGGGCGGCGACAAGGCAUGCAAGAAGGCCGUGCCGGCCAGCAAGGCAGCCAAGGCCACGGCCCCCCUCACCAACGGCGCCCCCAUUGUGGAAGCUGCUGCCGAGGACGAGGGGAUGGCUGUCCAGGGGACCCUGGAUGAGGUCGCGACGGCCUCCGUCGCGCCCGACCAUGUGAGCGACAACACCGGCCCGGCCGACACGGCAGGCGAGAGCGCCACCAUCAACGCCGACACAGAGCCCGCCACCGCCGCCGCCACCAACGCCGCCAUCGACAACGAAUGCUGCGAGGGCGCCGCCGCGGCGGCCCCCGAGGGCGAGGUGGCCCCAAUCGACGACAUCGGCAGCGGCGAUGCCGCGGCCGAGGGGGGGAAGACAGCGCCCUGCUGCGGAGCGCCCGCCAUCGAUGGCCCCAGCUGUGAUGCAGUGGACGGCGCCGGCAGCCGUGCCGACACCGCCACCGCUGAGCCAGCCUACGGCAACAGCUCCACCUGCCCCGACAGCUUCAAAGAUGCAGCUCCCGCGAGCACCACCAGCUGCAGUGGCGCUGCACAGCCGCCCGAGACCAACUUUGGCAUUUGCCUCACCAGCACGGCGCUGCUGGCUGAUCCCUAUGCAUACGCCAAUGACUUGGCCGCCGCCCUGCAGCCCGCCGAGGUCGCGCGUGCCGCUGCUUUUGACGCCGUCGACACCACGUCGAGCCCCGUCGCCGCGGCGUUUGAUGCGCCGAUCAUGGAUGCCCUCGCCGCGACGGUGGUGGACGGCAUCGCCGCCGGCGGCAGCGCCGCUCUGCACAUUGUGAAGGACGCGCGUGUCUGGGGGCGGAGCGUUGGCGAUGUCAUGUUCGUAGCUGCAGCCGCCGCGCCGCAGCAGCUACAGGCAACGGAGAGCGCCGGAUGCGGCCGCGACGGCGGCGGUGUCGCCCUGCCGUCCUUCCUCCUGCUGACGGCUCUGGCAAGCAUGCCCCCGCCCGCGGAUGGCUCCAGUGUCGACGCGGUGGCGGCCGAGCGCCAGGCCCUGGUGCGUUCGCGCAUGCCCGCGGCGCUCAGUGCCGCGGGCCUGACAGCGGCUGCCUUUGGCGACGGCGCGGCGACGCCCGUGGCCGUGUCGCGCCGCGUGGGCGCGGUGCUGGGCGCCGCGCAGUUGGCAGCGCUUGCGGCGGGCGCCCCGCCGCCCUGGGCAGGCGCAGAGGCCGCGGCGGACGCGGCGGCGGCGGUUGCGGCGGCCGCCCCGCUGGAGUGCGACGACGUGGCGGCCCUCUGCGAGGCGACGCAGGGCGCCGCGAGCACGCUGCUGGCCCCCGGUGCGCACCAGGCGCUGCUGCCGGCGCCUGUGAUGGCGCAGCUGGGCCAGGCCUUGGUCACGGUGCACCAGGUGGACAAGGGCCUGGCCAGGCAGCAGGCGGAAGGGCAGGUGCAGCGGCUGCAGCAGCAGCUGGGGGAGAGGGAGGCAGAGGCGCGGCUGCUGCGGGAGAGGGUGGAGGAGCAGGCGCGCGAGAUCGCUGCACUGCGGCAGGAGGCGGCGGCGGCGCGCGCUCGGGUGAUGGCGGCGGCCGCUGUUGCCUUGGAUGAAGAGCAGCAGGAGGAGCAGCAGUUGGAGGAGCAGGAGGAGCAGGAGGAGCAGGAGGAGCAGCAGCCCACGGUGGUGGCUCAUGCGGCGGCUGAGCUGCCCGCGGCAGCCAAGGCCACGCGGUGUCGCGGCUCGCGGCUGCGCUCGCUGGUGCGCUGGGGCGGCGCGGCGGCUGUGGCGGUCUGCUGCGGCGCGGCGUUCGGCCUGGCCAGGGCGCGGCGGCGCUGA